AUGGAGGCUCCGUCCGCCUGCGCCGACUCCCUCGCCCUGAAGGAGCUGGAGGGCAAAGUGGGGCGCCGGCCCCCCGACGGGCUGCUGCGCUGGCUGCGGGAGGACCCGGCGGCUCCCCUCCUGCCGGGCAGCCCGGGCCGGGGUCCGCGCCCCGGGCUGCCCGGCCAGAUCGCGGCGCUGAAGCGGGAGCUGGCCUACUUGAGAGCAAUAGAUAUCAAGAUACUACAGCAGUUAGUGGCUGUGAAUGAAGGUAUUGAGGCAGUCAAGUGGCUAUUGGAAGAGAAAGGAAUGCUGACCAGCCGCUGCAGCAGCCUCACCAGCAGCCAGUACAGCCUGGUAGAGAGUCAAGAGACAUCUCGGCGGGGGAGCUGGAACAGCCUUCAGGACCCCAACGACAAGCUGGACAGUAUGUCCAUUGGCAGCUAUUUGGACACACUUGCUGAUGAGAUGGAUGAGUAUGGACAAGGCUCUAGUAUAGAGCCCAUAAUGGCAUCCACACCAGGCGGACCAAUGGCCAGAGUUGAAAAGAUUGACCCAGACCAGGGUCUUCCUACCAAGACUUUAAUCAAAGAACAGGACGAAAGCAAAGAGGAGCCGGAGAAGGUGCCUAGGUUGGUUAAAAACCAAGGAGACAGUGAGCAAAACAAAGCUGCCAGGCAGCCACCAGCAGUAACCAAUGGGGUUCCGGGCAGAAAAGUUCCAGAGGUGGAGCAGGGCACUGAGGCAAAAUUCACCUCAGCAGUUGCAGAUAGCCCAGCACCGAGGGCCUUCAGGAACAAAACAGUUGACUUGGAGAAUUGCAAGUUGAACAGCAGGUUGCAUCUGGAGUAUGAUGCCCACUGGCAAUGGGUUCAGUCUCAAGAUGAUGUGACGUUCUUGUAGCCUGCAGGAUCGUCUGUCUAGGCCAACAACUAUAGAUUCAGGGCCUCUUACAAAACGUCUUUUGCACCUUUGACUUG